AUGGUGUUGUUCCGAACUAUAAAUAGAUAUGCUAACCCAAAUGGUGGUCUCGGGUUACCAGUAGGAGGUAGAAGAAGAAGAUUGUUCAUUCCACCUUCAACUAACCGUCCCUUAUUCAGUUAUGGUGAAGGCGAUGAUCAAAGAUCGUUUUUGUCUUUAGGAGAAAGUGGUUCAGUUCUUACACAGCAUGAAAAUGAUGUUAGUGAUGCUGCCAGUGUUAGUACAUCGAGAUCAUUACCAUCUACAUUAAAAUCUACAAACGAAGAUCAAGAGUCGUUCCAUAGUUGGUUAUUAGAAGAACAUCAAAGAAGAUACUCGGCAGCAAACUCAGAAGAUGAUGAUUAUAAUGAAGAUAAUCGAAGUAGGGGCAGUGGGAGGUCCGGUAGUCUGUUAAAUUCAUCUUCCCGUAGCUCGCAAGUAUCCGGAAAACUGACAUACAACGAGCUAGAAGACUUUGCCAAUUUGCAUACUACUUUCAGUAUUGAAAUGAAGAUGUUGGUGCGAUACGCUUUUCCUUUGGUUAUAACCUUUCUCUUGGAACAUUUUUUCUCGAUAGUCUGUUUACUAGUGGUAGGUCAUAUAGGUAAAAACGAACUAGCUGCUGUUUCGCUAGCUACAAUGUCCUCCACUAUUACCUUUGCGAUUUUUGAAGGUAUUGCAACAGCAUUAGAUACAUUAUGUCCUCAAGCGUAUGGAGCUGGUAAUUACGAAUUAGUAGGUAUUCAUGUUCAGAGAUGUAUAAUGUUCUCAUUUGUGGUAUACAUUCCUUGUGGGUUCUUAUGGUGGUAUUCCGCAAAUGUCUUGAAGUUUAUUAUUGAUAGCGAAGAAGUUUUAUAUUUGACAAGUUCAUUUUUGAGGAUUUUAAUACUUGGGGCUCCGGCCUAUAUUAUCUUUGAAAACAGUAAACGGUUUUUACAAGCUCAAGGAAUUUUUGAAGCAGGAACAGGUAUUUUAGUUAUCAGUCUACCAAUUAAUGUACUAUUGUCAACAUUCCUUGUCUGGAAUAAAAAUUUUGGUUUAGGAUUCAUUGGUGCACCAAUUGCCACUGUUAUCAACUUUUGGUUUAUCGAUAUACUAUUGGUUAUGUAUGUUAUGUUUGUUGAUGGUGAUAAAUGUUGGUAUGGAAUCGCACCGAUAAAAGAACUAUUCCAACAAUGGGGAAGUCUUUCACACUUGGCAAUUCCAGGAAUCGUCAUGAUUGAAUCAGAAUAUAUGGCGUACGAAAUUAUGACAUUAUUUGCUUCCUAUUUUGGUACCACCGAAUUAGCAGCACAGAGUGCGGUACUGAGUAUUGCAUCUUUAUCUUACAUGGUCCCAUUUGCUAUAAGUAUUGCUGCAUCUACGCGUAUCGCUAAUUUCAUAGGAGGCCAGAAUAUGGCAUCGGCGAAAAUGGCUACGAAAAGUAGUUUGGCAUUAUCCGUAAUCGCAGGAAAUAUUAAUUUCCUAAUUUUGUUUACUUUUAAACGACAAAUUGCAAAGUUGUUUACGAAAGAUGAGGGAGUCACGGAAUUAAUUGUCGCCUUAUUCAAUCCAUUAGUUGCCGUUCUAGAAAUAUUUGAUGGCAUCGCUUCUGUCGCAAAUGGUGUAUUAAGGGCGCAAGGUCUGCAAAAAAUAGGUGGUAUAAUCAAUUUCUUUGUUUACUAUGCUUUUGCGAUACCAUUAGCUAUUGUCCUCAGCAGAGUUGCAGAUUUAAAACUACUUGGUUUGUGGUUAGGUCUAGGUAGUGGAAUGAUUCUAAUUGGCCUAAGCGAGACCAUAGUGGUUUUUAAUAGUGAUUGGGAUAAGAUUUUGAUGAACGCGGGUUUAAUGAAUGAAACAUAUUUAGAUGUUGAAGAAUCUAUAGAAGAUUGA